UUUCUUAUAAAUGAAACCCUUAAAAGAGGACAUAUUGUAUUGUGUGGUUCUAAGUGACUACCGAAAACUAAAAUUUCAUUUUUUCUAUUCGGUGGGAUCACAACAACAUUGUUCCUGAUUCGAUCCCACUGCACGGCCUCUUAUGAAGGGCUUACACCUUUCGAGUGUAGUUAAUUAAGCGAUAACUGUUCAGAAGUUGUUUUUGUUGUUGUUUGGCUCCUAAAUCAAUCUGAUUGAUUUGACUUAUGGUCAAAAGCGUUCCAGCCUUUGAUUAUUGGGUCCUUUUAUGGUAUCCAAUGUGUUAUUCCUUUUUUUUUUUUUUUUUUUUUUGGACACAGUAGAGUGUGCUUUGAGUGGAUUUGGAUGAUAUUUCUAGCAGAUUGAGGAACCUUAUUGUUCUAGCUAGAGGUUGCUACAAACACUAGAAUCGACACAGUCGCAUAUAGUCCCCACUUAAGAAUUUGUGGUCUUGUGCUUUAUUUAUUUUAGAAAUCAUAACAGAAUUAGUAGAGCUGGAGUAACAUUCAAGGAAACUUCUACGGGUAACUCGAUCUGUUAGAAAUAACAGCCAAGUCUCUUGCAAAUUAUACACCACUCCUGGAAAUGGAAGGAUAAUAAUAAUAAUAAAACAACAAAAAUGUUUCUAAUUUAGGCACAAGGCUAGUGGUUUUGAGCAGAGAAGCUAGUUGAUUGUAUCAACUGUAGUACUUGACUGGUUCUUCAUUUUAUCACUCCUGGAUGGAUGAAAGGCAAAGUUGACUAUGGCAGGAUUUGAAAUCAGAAUGUAAAGAGCUGGGAUAUAUAACAUAAAGCAUUGUGCCUGACACCUUAAUGAUUCUGCUAAUCUGCUACCCUGGGUAAAAAGCCAGAAAUUUGGAGGAGGAGAAUAGUUGAUUAUAUUGAUCCAAAACACAAAGGGAAACAUGUUCUGUUAGACAAAUGGUCAAUCAAAGAACAACUUUCGCUGGCCUGUUCUGUUAUGAAGAAUGGUGACCAGAACUGGAUGUCUGUCAGUCGUGCAAUUAAAGCAUUUGCUGAAGGAGGAUCUCGACCUGCAGAUUGGUUCUCUCAAAAGAAUUGUGCCUUACUGUAUGCAGAGUUAUUGGAGAAAGUGGAAAUCCCAAAAAGAAAACGUAGUGAUAAAGAAGCUAAUGAAACUCCUGGUGAAUUAAUUGUACGCAAACUCACCAUGGAUCGACUUGAAGAAUUGAAAAAAAUUAUCGUUGAAGAAGAAAACAGAUACAGAAAGUUAAAACGAGAAAUUGAAUGCAUAAAAAACGGCCAGUUUGAUGACUGUAUCCAAGAAGUAUGGGAAGCCAUGGUCCAGGAGAAGAAGGUAAAAGAUGCCGCUGUCCAAGCUGCUGCUGCUGCUGCUGCUGCUGCUUCUCGGAAGACUGGAAGAACAGAAGGUUCUUUAGAUCCUCACAGAACUUUAGCCUCAAUAGGUUCCUUUAAAAUAAAACGUCCGAAUCCGAAACGUAGCCGACCACCAUCAUCAACAGAUGUGUUUGACGAUAAAGAUGAUGAACCCACAACAGAAACUUCAACAGCCGAGAAAAUUACAGAAGCUGAAGACUUUGAACCGAGACACAUAACGCCACAGGUGACCGAGCAGCCUGAGUUGGUUAAUACUACUACUACUAAUAGUAGCAGUAGCAGCAGCAAUAGUAGUAGUAGCAGCAGCAGCAGCAGUAGUAGUAAAGUGGUGCAAACUCAGGCAGCUGGUACAUCUGUGCCGGUAGUGUCACAGGGAUCAUCACAGCAGCAGCAACAACAGCAGCAGCAGCAACAGUUGCACUUGAAACAGUUACAACAUAUUCAGAUGCAACAGUUACAGCAGCUGCAACUACAACAACAACAACAACAACAACAGCAACAACAACAAAAGCAACAGCAACAGCAGCAGCAGCAGCAACAACAGAAGCAGCGUCAAUCACAACAACAGCAACUUCAUACUUUGUCUCAACUGUCACAGCAACAGCAGCAACAACAACAGCAGCAGCAGCAACACGCACAGCAACAGCAACAACAACAAACACAACCUCCACAGCAACAACAGCAACAGCAGCAGCAAUCUGUACAACUACAACAACAGUUGCAACAGCUACCACCACAACCACCUCCUCCUCCACCACAACAGCAACAGCAACAACAACAACAACAACAGCAGCAGCAGCAGCAACUACAGCAGCAACAGCAACAGAAAACCAAACCGACCCCACCGUCGUCUCCACUGCUCUCUUCCUUAUUACAGAGUAAAUUAAAAAGUGCUGACAGCCUCCAGCAACUGAAGAAGGAAGCUGAACAGGAACACUCUGCUUUCCAGGCACUUCAACAUUUGCAAGUUCCAGUCACACAUUCUCUUCAAUUGCCACUUUCCACUUCAUCAGCGCUGACCGCAGUGGAAUUACCAGUUAAUGUGACAACCAGCUCAUCGAGCCUGAACGUAUCCAUUUCCAGUAAGCCAGUCUCCUCAAGCAGUAACCACAGUUCACCUGUCACCACUCCACUGCCAGCUAUUGCAACCCUCAGCACAUCUCAACUAUCAACUCUCUCUUCCACUGCCAGCACUGUCACUUCUACACAACAACUGCCACCAAUGACUGUUCUGGCAGCUUCAAAAGUCCUAUCUUCAGCCACUCCCACAGUUCUUGGUGCACUCUCAGGUGACCUGCCUACAGUAAUGAACAGGGUCUCUGUUGAUAAUACGUCCCCCUCUACCUCUGCUCCUACAUUAUCAAAGCUACUUGGCACACCUAACCAAACCAAAAUACAUUCUCUGGGCCUGGAUACUUCUCCGGGCCUGGCAGUCAGCCAAAGUUUAGAAAAAAAGGAAGUUGAAAUUGAGGAUCCGCUAGCUGUGAAAGAAGAAUCCAUUGAAAGUACAACUACUCAGGCUACUGACCCUCAAUCGGUGACGCAAGAAACUAUUGAAGAGAAGAUCCCAGUUCCAAACAUCCAAGAUGAGGACACGUCAUCGCUAGAUUCACAAGCUAAAGAACCUGUGACUGUUGAGGAUGUUAAACCAAAGGUGACGUUACACACUGCAACGAAUGUUGACCUAGAUGAGGAGGAAACGCAACAGGUUCCGGCUUUGUCACCAAAGACAGAAGGAGAAGACACUCACGGAGCCGCCACAACAUUUGCCGAAACUGUGUCCUUGGAGUCGCUGCAUAAAUCAGAAACCCCAACUUCAACAUUGACGACUCAAACUCAGCUUAAGAUGGAUGAAACCAGCAAAGACAGCAGUGAUGAUCAACCUAUUACUGAAACAGAAGGUGUCGAUUCACCUGCCAUCAACUCCAAGUUCAUCAGUGUCGACGAGGAAAUCUCCAUAUCUAUGAAAGAUGAACCACCUUCCCCCUCCAGUAGUGUUUCUUCCAAAUUGAGUGAACCUACCUCGAGUGCUGGCCGCCCAAGGGGUCGUGGAAGAGGUAGAAAAAAGGGAGGAAUAAACAGACGAAAUGUCAAGAGGCAAAUAAUUGAAGAUGAGAAGAAAGAAGAUGGCAACAGUUCUAAACACAGUGAGGCAGAGCUGACUGAAGACGAUUCAGCCAGAGAAAGUGAUGAUCCAACUAAUGCCAUACUGCUUGCAAGAUCCACAUUGUCAGGCGCCCUAUCUGAUUCCAUUCCAAACAGUCCUGCCUCUUUGUCACAUUACAGUGACACGGAAGAUGAAAAAGCUUACCGCACUUGGAAGAAGUCCAUCAUGCUAGUAUACCGGGCUGCUGCUACUCACAAGUAUGCUAAUGUAUUUCUGCAUCCUGUUCGAGAGGAGAUAGCUCCAGGCUAUCACAGUAUAGUACACAGACCAAUGGACUUAAGUGCCAUUAAGAAGAAUAUUGAAAAUGGUGUUAUCCGCUCUACAACAGAGUUCCAACGUGAUAUGAUGCUAAUGUUUACUAAUGCCAUAAUGUACAACAGCUCUGACCACAAUGUGUACAAGAUGGCACGAGAGAUGUACAAUGAUGUUAUGCAACACAUUGAGCAAUUUGUGAGCACACAGUUAAUGGUGCAAACGGAACCAAAAAUGCUACGGCCAUCGCGCAGGAUGGAAAAUAUCGAGAAGGAAGAAGAUACGAAAAAACGAAAGACUGACCCCAAUCAAGAUGGUGGCAAGAAGAAAAAACGUCCCAAGCCAGUAACUCCUGAAGACACGCCUCCAAAAACACCCAAUGAGUGACUCGAAUUAAGAACUGGCCUGCUAUGUCCCAGCUUGUUGUAGCUCUUGCCUCUCACCACAUCCACCUCUCUCAUUGUCCUUGAGUCCUCCUGUCAUACAUUCUUAAUCAAUAUUGCUGCUACUUUUAACUAUACCUCAAUCUCUUCCAAAACAGAGACAUGGUUGAGGUUUGGCUUGCUGGCUUCAAAAGUCACUCACACUCAACAUCAGUCUUUUUUUUUCUUCUCUCCCUUUUUUUUCUAAUAAAAUUAUUUAAAACUACAAAUGAAUUAACUAAGCUUUUCAAUGUGAAUUGACAUUAAACAUUUUAAACAUCAAUUUGCAACAGAAAACAGACAAUGAUGCUGGAACCAUAUAUUUAUUGCUUGCCAAGGGACCACAUUACCAAUUACACUACAUAGUGUAUGUCACUCUUUCUCUCUUAAAUUAGGUACUUAAAUCUUAUUUUUUCUGUUCUUUUUUUUUAUUUUUUUUUUAAUUUCCAAAAGAUAAUUGGUCAGUUACUUAGCAGACAUAGCAGAAUAGGUGCUACGCUCAUAAAUAUGUUCAGCAUAACAAUAAAGUGCCCCACUCCUUUUCUCGGUUCUAUGCUUGCGAUAACAAUAACAAUAAACCCCUGAAAUCAAAUAACGAAGGAACUCCUGAGAUUUUCCAGUGUGAAAUUAUAUUUGACAGUAUUUUUUAAAACUAUUUUCUUCAGUCAAGAGUUGUGACCUCUUUUUAUCAGAAAAUUAAUUCUGAAAAGUGAGGCAUAUUUGUUUGCUAACGAAAGACGGAAUAUCUUACUAUUGUUAUUAAGGUGGCAAGCAGGCAGAAUCAUUACCAUGCUGGCGAGCCGGCAGAAACGUUAGCAUGCUGGGCAAAAUGAUUAGCGGUAUUUCGUCUGCCGUUACGUUCUGAGUUCAAAUUCCGCCGAGGUCGGCUUUGCCUUUCCUCCUUUCGAGGUCAAUAAAUUAAGUACCAGUUAUGCACUGGGGUUCGAUGUAAUCAACUUAAUCCCUUUGUCUGUCCUUGUUUGUCCCCUCUGUGUCUAUCCCCUUGUGGGCAAUAAAGAAAUAAGAAUCAUUACCAUGCUGGAUAAAAUGCUCAGUGGCAUUUUUCCCAACUUUACAUUCUGAGUUCAAAUUCCACUGAGGUUGACUUUGCCUUUUAUCCCUUUGGGAGGUCAAUGAAAUAAGGACCAGUCAAUGUAAUUGACUUGGCCCCUUCCCCCAAAUUUCAGGCUAUGUGCCCGAGUAGAAAGGAUUGUUUUAUCAAGAUGGUAAGCUGGCACAAUUGUUAGCCUGUCAGACAAAAUGCUUAGUGGCUGUUCUUCCAACUUUACAUUCCAAUUUCAAAUUCUGCCAAGGUUGACUUUGCCUUUCAUCAUUUUGGGAUUGGUGAUUUCAACUAACUUCCACCCCUCAAAAAUUGCUGGUCUUGUACCCCCCCUAAAUUAGAAAUCAUUAUUAUUAAAGCACCAGUUGAACAAUACCCCAUUCCCCUCAAGAUUGCUGGCCAUAAUGUCCAAUUUAGAAAGAAUUAUUUUACUUAUUUUUAUUUAUUUUCAUUUUUUUUUUUUUAUCUUGGUUUUUCUCUUAUGAAGGACCCAGUUUGAAUUAUUGUCUUGUAAGAAGACAUCUGCAAUAAGUAUUGAUUUCUAUUUUGCAGUUUAUUUGAAGCAUCUUCAUAUAAGUAUAAAAAAAAAAAUGAAAAACAUUUACCAAUACAAAUUGUAGAGAAAAAAGACAAAUAAAUGCAUUCAAUAUUUUCAGAUUCACAAUCAAAAA